AUGGCCGCGUCUGCUACUCCCGCUGCUUCUCAUUUCCUUCGCCCUCUUCAUCAAUUACAAUUCCCUAAAUGCCCUCGCCUCUUUUCCGAAUCCCAGUUUCGCCCUCGGCUACUCCGCUCUCAUACCCAAAGGUUCACCAUUCGCGCUACCUCCGCUGUUGCCGUAGACUCGGAUAUAAAUACGAUUAAGGAUCAGGAAACACAAGUGGACUUAUUUGCGUGCCCAAUAUGCUACGAACCAUUGAUAAGAAAAGGUCCUGUUGGCCUUAACUUAUCAGCAAUCUACAGGUCUGGUUUCAAGUGUAAGAGAUGUCAAAAAUCAUACACUAGUAAAGACGGAUAUUUGGAUCUGACACUGACUUCUGGAUUGAAAGAUUACACAGAAGUUCAACCAGUUCGAACAGAGCUUUUUAGGAGUCCCUUUGUUUCAUUCUUAUAUGAAAGAGGUUGGCGUCAAAAUUUCACGCGAAGUGGCUUUCCUGGCCUUGAUGAAGAGUUCAGAAUGGCUCAAGAGUAUUUUGAACCAGCUAAAGGUGGUCUGGUUGUCGAUGUUAGCUGCGGAAGUGGUUUAUUUUCCCGAAAAUUUGCCAAAUCUGGAACCUAUUCUGGAGUCAUUGCACUAGACUUUUCUGAAAAUAUGCUUCGCCAAUGCAACGAUUUCAUUAAGAAAGAUGCAACACUCUCAACACUUAACAUCGCCCUUGUAAGAGCAGAUAUUUCCAGGCUUCCCUUUGCAUCAGGUUCGGUUGAUGCUGUUCACGCUGGUGCAGCUUUGCAUUGCUGGCCAUCUCCCUCAAAUGCUGUUGCUGAAAUCACCCGUGUACUGAGGAGUGGUGGAGUAUUUGUCGGAACAACUUUUCUUCGCUAUACUUCAUCAACUCCUUGGAUUGUACGCCCCUUCAGAGAGAGGAAUUCUCAAGGCUAUGGCUUCUUAACAGAAGAAGAGAUCAAAGACCUUUGCACUUCAUGUGGACUUACAAAUUACUCAUGCAAAAUUCAGAAGUCUUUUAUUAUGUUUACGGCUCAGAAGGCUUAA